AUGCAAACAUUGCCACUUUUGUUCGAACGGUACGAUGAAGAAAUUAACAUUCUGUUUGAAGAUAUCAUGUUAGUACUCAAGAAAAUGUAUAGGAAGUUUGAAAAGAAUUAUCUCAGAAAAAUUCCUAGAGGACCAUUGAAGGACAAAAAAGCUCAAUGA